GUAACGAGAAUUUAAAUAACUAAAUAGCAGGCAGGAGGGAGGGGGGUAAAUGGGGCCUGUCAGCACAUAGUCACGUGACAGGCUGUGAGGCCACUGUGGAAGAACUGCCGGGAGAGGCGCAUUGAAGCUGAGCAUUGAAACUACUCUGCGUGACAUUGAACUAGUGAUCCACGAGUGCCGACUGUGUUAUGAGAAUCGCCUCUGUGGUGCGGAAAGCGGGACUGUUGGGCGGAAUCCAUCAUGACUAUGACUUGCUGGUUAUUGGUGGAGGCUCUGGAGGUCUUGCAUGUGCCAAGCAAGCGGCACAAUUUGGAAAGAAAGUUGCAGUAUUUGAUUAUGUUGAACCUUCCCCAAGAGGAACAAAAUGGGGAAUUGGAGGAACUUGUGUAAAUGUUGGCUGCAUUCCCAAAAAGCUGAUGCAUCAAGCAGCACUUAUUGGUAGCACCAUGAAAGAUGCACCUCACUAUGGCUGGGGAACACCAUAUGAAAUACAGCAUGACUGGGGCAAAAUGGCUGGAGCUGUUCAGAAUUAUGUGAAAUCACUGAACUGGGGACAUAGAAUACAACUGCAGGACAAAAAAGUGAAAUAUUUUAAUCUGAAGGCUAAUUUUGUAGAUGAGCAUUGCAUUCGAGGAGUGACCAAAGCAGGAAAAGAGACAUUAGUGACCGCACAGAACAUUGUCAUUGCUACAGGAGGACGACCAAAGUAUCCUACACAUGUUCCUGGAGCUCUGGAAUAUGGUAUAACAAGUGAUGACCUGUUCUGGCUUAAAGAAUCUCCAGGAAAAACAUUGGUGGUUGGAGCCAGCUAUGUUUCAUUGGAGUGUGCAGGGUUUUUAACAGGAAUUGGACUUAACACCACAGCCAUGGUGAGGAGUAUUCCCCUUAGAGGGUUUGAUCAGCAAAUGGCUUAUCUAGUUGCUGAUUACAUGGAAUCCCAUGGCACAAAGUUUUUGUGGAAAUGUACACCAUCCCAUGUGGAAAAGUUAAAGAAUGGAAAACUUCAAGUCACCUGGAAGAACACACAGUCUGGGAAAGAGGGAGUCGACAUAUAUGACACAGUUAUGUGGGCUGUAGGACGUGCUGCUGAAACCCAAUAUCUUAAUCUCGAGAAGGUGGGAGUGAAAAUCAAACCAGAAACAGGAAAGAUCAUUGUUGAUGCCUCAGAAGCCACGUCUGUCCCGCACAUAUAUGCUAUUGGUGACAUAACUGAGGGUCGUCCAGAGUUAACCCCAACAGCGAUUGCUGCUGGGAAGCUCUUGGCUAUUCGGCUGUUCUCUGGCUCGGCAGAACUGAUGGAUUAUGACAGUGUCCCAACUACUGUUUUCACUCCUCUGGAAUAUGGCUGCGUUGGGAUAUCAGAAGAGGAGGCAAAAGAGCGCUAUGGAGAUGAUAACAUUGAGGUUUUCCAUGCAUUUUAUAAACCUCUAGAAUUUACAGUGGCUGAAAGGGAUGCCUCUCAGUGCUAUAUAAAGAUAAUUUGCCUCAGGAAACAUGAUCAGAGGAUUCUGGGUCUACAUCUUACAGGUCCAAAUGCUGGAGAAGUAAUUCAAGGAUUUGCUCUGGGAAUUAAAUGCGGAGCUACCUACCCCCAGUUAAUGUGCACAGUGGGUAUUCACCCAACCUGUGCUGAAGAAGUCACCAAACUGCACAUCACCAAGCGUUCUGGCCUAGACCCCACAGUCACUGGUUGCUGAGGUUAAUUGCCAUCCCUGAAUUUAAAAAACACCAACUGUUUGUGAACAAGAGAAAUACUAAAAAUAGGAAGACCUACUGCACCAGUGUGGCUAGUAAAAAGUAUGUGAUUUUGGAAAUAUCCUGCAAGGAGUAAACAAAUUUCAAGCACUGCACAUUUCUACGCAAACUCAAAAGCAUUCAUGACAUCUCUGAUGUUUAAUUGAGUGGAAAGGAGUUGAUAAGGAAGAGAAGAGCUCAUGUGAAACUUAUACUGCAAGUAUCCAGGAGAUGGAAGUACAGCCCAGCAGAUGUGAAAGCCACAGCAGUGAGGGGACCAACCCAGACUUCACUCCCCCAUUCGGACAGACUCAUUCUGAGCUUUAUUGCUUUUAUGAUAUGUAUAAUCCACAUGUUGGAACUGAGCAGAAAUACAGUGCAACUUCCUUCCCAUUCAUUGUUACCUUAUCAACCGGGGACUCGUCAUUUCAGGAUUCUAUUGGACCCUACCACAUGCUGCAUGGACUUCUGUGAGCUGAACUGGAUUUAACUCAGAAGAAUGCAGGAAUGGUGUCAGUGCAGUAAAAUGAUUUUUGUAAGACACAAUCACAUUUAGAUAACAUACAUAAAGAUACACUGGAUUGGAAAUAAUAAUGCAUUAUAUACAUGGUCAUGCCUUGCCAACAGACAGAUUUCCGGUGAAUAUUUUAGGGAUGGCGAGUUGUGUUGAUACAUUUCAGCAGUGUUGAGAAUGACACAUAAGGGGUAUCAGCUAAUGAAGGCUUGUGUAUAAACCCACCCUGUGGGCUGGGCAGGUCUGAGCAUCUCUGAUUCUCUGUUACGUGUAACGACUAUUUACUGUUAAAUUCACUGAACAAAUUAAACUAAUAACAUCA